CUCUAAUUUCCGCGCCAAACAGACACACACACACUCUCUCUCUCUAGAAAAUCCCUGGUUUCUGGCGAAAAUGGCGAUGGACGAUCGGUUAGCGGAGCUGAACCCUAAGCCGAGAACCUGCGUGGUCUUCGGUGGCCGAGGCUUCCUCGGGAGAUCGCUGGUCCUCAGGCUCUUGAAACUCGGCAAGUGGAUCGUUCGAGUCGCCGAUUCGACUCAGUCUCUCCAUCUCGAUCCCUCCGAGCGCGACUCGCUCCUUUCGCAAGCUCUCUCCUCUGGCAUCGCUUCCUUACAUGGCGUCGAUGUUCGCGACAAGUCUCAAAUCAUCACUGCUAUCGAAGGUUCAUCUGUAGUGUUCUAUUUCGAUGGGGCUGAUUUACGUACAGACGAUUUUUACCACUGCUAUAUGAUUGUUGUUCAAGGUGCAAAAAAUGUUAUCAGUGCUUGUCGAGAGUGCAAAGUUAGACGGCUAAUAUACAACAGUUCUGCAGAUGUAGUUUUUGAUGGAUUGCAUGAUAUAAAUAACGGAGAUGAAUCCUUGCCUUACCCUUGGAAAUUUGAUGAUAUGUUGAGUGACUUCAAGGCCCAAGCAGAAGCACUUGUCCUGCGUUCUAAUGACAUUGAUGGUCUUUUAACAUGUGCACUUCGGCCUAGCAAUGUAUUUGGACAUGGAGACUCACAUCUUGUGCCAUUUUUAGUUAAUUUGGCAAAAUCUGGCUGGGGAAAGUUUAUUAUAGGGAGUGGCGAAAACAGAUCGGAUUUUACAUACGCUGAGAAUGUUACUCAUGCUCAUAUCUGUGCAGAAGAAGCUCUGGAUAACCGGAUGGUCUCUGCGGCUGGAAAGGCUUUUUUCAUCACAAAUCUUGAGCCUGCAAAUUUUUGGGAGUUUGUAACACUCAUCUUGGAAGGCCUGGGAUAUCAAAGGCCAUUAGUGAAAGUUCCUGCUAAGAUGGCUCGGUAUAUUCUUUUGUUCUUCAAAUUGAUGACUGAAAAGUAUGGAUUCAUAAAACACAACCAUUCAAUGUCAGCUCAUUACACUCAAUUAGCUUCACAUACUAGAACUUUUGACUGCACUGCUGCUCGAAACCAGAUUGGGUACUCACCAGUUGUCUCACUGGAAGAGGGUGUCAAAUUAACCAUUGAAUCAUUCUCUCAUUUAGCCAAAUAUUCAUCUUUCACAAGUUACAGUGACUUUAAUGAGCAAUCAAAAGUGGAGAAGCUGCUAGGCAGUGGAGAAGUUGCAGACAUUUUGCUGUGGCGUGAUGAGAAGAAAUCUUUUACUUAUUUUCUUGCUUUGAUUCUAUUGUUUUACUGGUUUUUCCUUUGUGGAAGAACUUUUGCCUCAUCUGUAUCCAAGCUUCUGCUCUUAGUUUCAUUUGGCCUUUAUGGAUAUGGAAUUCUACCACCAAAGAUAUUGGGUCUUACUGUCAAGAGUUUAUCUUUAUCUUGUUUUGAGAUUCCUGAAAUGGUAGUGAAAGAUAUGAUUGCAACCAUAGCAUAUUUGUGGAACAGAGGGGUUGGUUAUAUGAGACGACUGGCCCAGGGGGAUGAUUGGGAUAUUUUCUUCAAGUUUGCAGCUUCCCUCUAUUUUCUCAAGCUGAUUUCGUCACAAACCUUGACUGUGGUGAUAGGUGUAGCACUGGUGUUCGCUUUCACUCUGUUUUUCAUUUACGAGCAGUAUGAAUCAGAGAUAGAUGGAUUCGCGAAGCUUCUGUUCAAUAGUACAAUGUCGGUUUUUGGAUUGUUGAGAACAAAUGUACCUGCUUCUGUGCAACUAUUUCUUGAAAACCAUGGAAUUUGGCGUCAUGGUAAAGGGCAUGCGACAAUUAAGCAUCAGAAAUAGUUGCCACUAUCACCUGAACGGCUUUCGGGCAGAGUUUUUCUAACUGUAUAAAUUCAGUAUUCUGUUAGCUUAGGGUUGUAUGGAAAUUUAGAUUUUGGGUAAACCCAACAAAAGAAGUACCACAUUAACUCUUGCCCUUUUGUUAGUGUUAACCAUAAAGUUUAGGCUCUAUGUAAAUGAUUUUAGGUUUAUUGUUGAAUAGUUCUAUUAAUUAUUUUCUAGCCUCUCAUAUUAUUUCUAGCCCCAUGUUGUUAUUG